AUGGUACCAGGGUUAAUUGGAGGUGAUUUUAAUGUGACAACUUUUGAGGAGGAAAAAUAUGGAGGACUGCCUGUUACAAUUAAUAAAGUACAGGAUUUUAGAGGUUGCAUACAGAAUUGGGGAGUGGCAGAUUUGGGUUUCAAGGGAAGUAAAUUCACAUGGUGGAAUGGGCAGAGUGGAGAUGAUUGUAUAUUUAAGAGGCUAGAUAGAUGUUUGGAUUUUAUGGCCAAUUCUUUCAUUCUUUUUCAUCAUAAACUGAAAAAUGUGAAGGUAGCUUUGAUGCAAUGGAGUAAAAAAACUUUUGGCAAUAUCUUUCAAGAAAUUGAAACAUUGGAGGAAGUAAUAAAGGUGCAUAUGAUACAAUUUGAGGCUUUGCCUACUCCAGAAAAUAGAGCAAUACUUCAUAAGGUGCAAGCUGAUUUGAAUAGAUAUUUACAUCUAGAAGAAGAAUUUUGCAAGCAGAAAGCUGGUAUGCAGUGGUUUCAAGAUGGGGUUAAAAACACCAGGUUCUUUCAUUCAUAUGUGCAAGGAAGAAGAAGAAUAUUGCAGUUAAAAAGAAUCCAAGAUGGUGAAGAAAAUUGGAUAGAGGAUGUUGAUGCUAUUUCUGUGGAAGCCAUCAGAUUUUUCCAAGAACAAUUUAUAAAAGAAGGAGACUCUAUUGAUUUUGAACUGCUGGAUCAGGAUGUUGUUACUACCUUUUCUGAUAUGAGACCUAUUAGUUUGAGUAAUUUUGCUAAUAAAAUCAUCUCAAGACUAAUUCAGGAAAGGCUAGUAGAAGGGUUAACUGAUAUUAUUUCAUUGAAUCAAGCUAGAUUUGUCAAAGAUAGGAGUAUAGUUGAGAAUGUGUUUUUAACUCAGGAAAUCAUUUCUGACAUUAUGUUAAGGACAAAGAAUGCUAAUGUAGUUAUAAAGUUAGACAUGGCAAAGGCAUAUGAUAGGGUAUCCUGGUUGUUCCUAACUAAGGUCCUGAGGAAAUUGGGCUUUUCUGAAAGACUAAUUGAUAUGGUUUACAGGAUAGUCAGCAAUAAUUGGUACUCUGUUUUGGUAAAUGGUCAACAACAGGGAUUUUUUCAGUCCUCUAGGGGUGUAAAAGAAGGUGAUCCUUUAUCACCUACCUUAUUUAUCCUUGCUGCAGAGGUUUUGAGUAGGAAUCUCAACAAUCUUCAUAAUGUGCCACAGUUCAGAGGCUUUGGAAUGCCUAACUGGAGUCCUAAAGUAAAUCACCUAGCUUAUGUUGAUGAUAUGAUCAUCUUUUCAUCAACUGAUGUGAUGUCUUUACAAUUGAUAAUGGAAGUUCUAAGGAAAUAUGAGUAA